UCACUAUCAAAAUGCCGGAAGAAUGGGAAGGACCAGUGAAGAUGUGGGACGGCCCAGCUCCACCAGCACAAGCACCAGACCCCAAUGACCACUUACAAUACAUGCGCCUCGCCCUGGACCAAGCACAGGAGUCACCCCCGAAGCCAACGAACUUCUGUGUUGGAGCCUUGCUAGUCGAUGCAGACACUGGCACUAUCCUCGAGAGAGGCUAUACUUUGGAGUGCGAAGGCAAUACACAUGCCGAGCAAUGCUGCCUGAUAAAGUUUGCGAAAGCACAUGGUCUGCCUGAGGAGCGUGUUGGGGAAGUACUGCCAGCAGAUACGGUCAUCUACACUACGAUGGAGCCUUGCAACAAGAGAUCUGUUGGCAAUAUACCAUGCGUAGAUCGUCUCAUUCGUACGAAAGGACCGGAUGGUCGACUGAGGAUUAAGAAGGUCUAUCUUGGAGUCAAGGAGCCGGAGAAGUUUGUCGGUGCCAAUGAGGGCAUAGCGAAGCUGCAACAGCAUGGAAUCGAAUGCAUACACGUGCCCGGGCUGGAAGAGCGUAUCCUGCAGGUAGCGACUGCUGGGCAUGAAACAUGAAGAUGUUCGAUUAUCGAAAUAUAAGCCAA